AUGAAUGAUGUCUUAAGUAUUAAGACAAAGGCUUACAAGAAUGCAAACGAGAAGAAAUCUCAUGCACUCAUUCAAUGUGUUCAGACGUCGACCACUGAUUCAGUCACCGAUUGGACGUUUGUUUGGCAACAAAUGCAAAGUUUGGGGUUUAAGGAGUGUUUCAAUGAAAACAUCUGCAAAAGUCUAUUCAAUCAACUCAUCGAUAGAUAUAUUGGUGUCAAACGAUCGCUAAAGAAUUUAGAAGGAAAUGUACGACAAGUCUAUGAAAUGCCUUUCCAUGAGUUGAAUGAAUCCGAUUUGACUCUAUUUUACGAUCAAAAGACUUUGAAAAAGGUGUUGAACUGUCGGAAACACAUAACUAAAGUCACUGUAAAUAAAGGCGCUAUUAAUGGGAAACAAACUCAAGUGAAACAAACCAAAAAUGAACCAAAAGUUUUAAAGCCCAACGAAUCGGCGAAUAAUAAUAUACGGGUUUUUAAUAGAAAAGUCAACUCAAGUCCCAAUGUCUCGACUAAUAAUGUCAACAAAAUUCCUGUAAAACAACAAUUGGAUACAAAACACAAAGAAAUUGUUGAACAUUUGCCAAAAGAAGUGAAACAAUUGCCAGAAAACAAUGAAAAGACGGGUCAAUCCCCGAGCUCUUUGUCUACAUUAGCCAGAGUCUCGUUUAUGACGACUUUAGCCAAUCAAAUGAAAUGUCUGACCGAUGAGGACAAAGCGCUAAUCGGUUCAGAGCCGACCCUUUUCUGGGAACAGUUGGCAAAUAAAAUGGUUAAUGAAUUCAAAUUUCAAGAAAUGAAUGCAAACCAAUGCAAAGAGAGAUUUAGUCAAAUGAUUGACAAGUAUUUGGAUGUCUUAAAGAGUGCCAAAUCAUCGAAAGCCGCGCGAAACCAAUUGCUAUACUUUGAAGAUUUGCAUUCAAUUGACUUGAGUUUGUUUGUGGACUCAAUGACCAGUCAAUUAAUUGGGUGUUUGAAACAUAAGUUAGGAUUUGAUGCCAAGAAAUCUUCGCCAAAAGCCAUGUCUUUAAAUGCGAACCAAACGGACAAAGAAAGCAAACCUGAAGACAAAGACAAAGAUAAGUCGACUGCAGAGCCGACCAAUAGUUUGCAAAAUAACUCUCAAAAUAACACUCAAAAGGGUUAUAAUCGAAGAGAAAAAUCAUAUUUUGUUAAAAUACCAAUAAAUUACAAAAGAUUAACUCAACGGGAGGCUCUCUAUUACGCCCAGUUAUCUCGUGACCCUAACUUUAUUCAACUCUUAAAGACUGGAUCUAUUGAUGACAAGGCUUUAACUGGCGAUAUACUCAACUGUUCCACAAUUGAGGACCAAAUCAAUGUUUUUCGAAGACAUGUCUUACUGUCUCGCGAAGACAUUGUGAAGAGACUCCGACUGAAAGACAUUUUUGAAGAAAUUGUGAACAAUAGUGGCAUUCAAUGUGUUUUCCAUUUCUUCGGUUCGACCGCCAAUUCCGUUGGUUUUCGCAAUUCAGACAUCGAUUUGUUUAUUGACAUCAAAGGAUUGGAUAAUAUAUUCGUGAAAUACGACUACAACACAUACAUGAGUUACUUAACAGUCAUUAAAAACAUAUUCAGAGAUAGUCUCAAGUUCUUCAUCCCGGCGCCCGUCCCGAGCAUUCGGUGUCCGAUCAUUAAAAUAGACUUCAAGUUCUAUGGAGAGAAGUUUAGGAACAAUCCGCGGUUGUAUCACUCGCUGGAAGCGCUCGGAAUUGGAUGUGAUAUUAAUCUGUCCAACGGUUUAGGCCUUCAAAACACAAAACUUAUUAGUUUUUACUGCGAACUCGACUCCCGUUUCCAAGACUUGGCUAUUAUUCUGAGAUAUUGGGCGAAGAAUAACGGAUUCAUUGGCGGCAGUGAUAACGCGUUCACCAGUUAUGCGUUGACACAGUUAGUGAUAUUCUUCUGCCAGAACUUGAGUCCACCUAUGCUUCCAACAGUGGAUCAGUUAAGGGAACCAAUGAGUCAAUCAAUUGUGAUCGACGGCUGGGAAUGUGGUUUCUGUGACAACAAGAAUCUGAUUGUCAGAUCACAGAACACAGAAUCAGUCAUUGAUUUGUUGCCAAAAUUCUUCAAAUUCUAUUCGGAAUUCAAUUUCACGACUCAUGUCAUUCAACUGAAGUCUGGAAAAGCGGUUCACAAACAAGCCUUCAAUGAAGUAAUUGAGACCACUUUGAAUACAAAGCGGUCGGAUGUCCUCCACUUUAAGAUGACGUCCUUUUGCUGUAUUGAAGACCCGUUUAAUUUGGAGCACAAUUUGACCGCAAAUCUCAAUUUCGCUGUUUUCGAUAAAUUCUUGACUUAUAUCAAAGCCAUUGCAUCGAAAGCUGACUCUAUAUUCGCCCGAAAUAAGUCCGAUAGCGAUAUGUUUGGUAUCUCACAGAUUAUCACCGAAUUUGAUCCGACAGACGGCUCCUUCCAAUCUAUUGCCGGACACUUUGUUUGUCUUCCAAACCCGAGAACUUGUGUUGAAUUGGCGGACAUUACAUCUCAAGAGAUUAUCAAAUCGUUUGCCAAUCAAGCACAACUGGUGGCUAAAUAUGAUAUUAUUUUCGGCUCUUAUUCACCAUUUGCUGAGUUUUGUAUGGAUUUGAAGGCCAUUGACAUCCAUGUAAUUGAUAACAAUAAUAGAGACCACAUUCGCCGUCAACUCAGUCAUAUCGCCCUCAACCGGUCCAACAAAGAGGAGGUCAUUACAAACGAGAUAAUCACCACAUUUAGCGACAAAUUGUUGCCCCAAAUGUCGAUCAGCUGUCGAUUUGUGGUGUUAUGUAACGCCCGUCCGUCCGGUCCUUACAUUGAUUACGAACUCAUCGAAUCUAAUCCAGAGCUUAAAUUAACGAAAAAUUUUCUCAGACCUGUGUUUGAUUUGCUACCAAAACUUAUCGAUGAGUCGUAUUGA